UAAAGAAAAUGAAAAAUGAAGGAUGUACUAAUCAUUACUAUGUUUCUGAGAAAGACACGGAGACAGAAAGAAACACAACUAAAAAAGCAGAAAAACUAGGGUUUUGAAUCAUUUGACUGAUUUGUGUUACCAUCAUCAACCACUCUCCUAUGGCGGGACCAUCAUGGCUAGUGGACAAAAGUAGGAUUGCAACCAAAAUAAGAAGUGCAUCAGGAGCAUGUCAUCCCGAAAAUGUUACAUGGAAAAGCAAUCCAUCCAAGACUUGCCCAAAUUGUCAGCAUGCUAUAGACAAUAGUGAUGUUGCACAAGAGUGGCCCGGCUUGCCAAAAGGGGUCAAAUUUGAUCCAUCUGAUCAGGAGAUAAUUUGGCACUUACUUGCAAAAGUUGGUGUAGGAAAUUCAAAACCUCAUCCUUUCGUUGACGAGUUUAUUACUACUCUUGAAGUGGAUGAUGGAAUUUGUUACACUCAUCCUCAAAACUUACCCGGUGUUAUGCAAGAUGGAAAUGCAUCCCACUUCUUCCACCGAGCAGUUAAGGCUUAUAACACUGGCACCCGAAAGCGCCGAAAAAUACAUGAUCAGGAUUUUGGUGAUGUCCGUUGGCACAAAACUGGAAAAACUAAACCAGUAAUUCUGAAUGGAGUCCAAAAAGGCUUUAAGAAGAUUAUGGUUCUAUAUAUGAGCAGUGUCGGAGGAGGAAAAGCCGAGAAAACAAAUUGGGUUAUGCACCAGUAUCAUCUAGGAACAGAUGAAGAGGAAAAUGAUGGGGAGUUUGUUGUCUCUAAAGUGUUUUACCAGCAGCAGCAAGUCAAAUUGGGUGAUAAAAAUGAAUUGGACAUUCCUGAAGCCACUGAAGCAACAAUUAUUAAAGUGGAUCCGGUUACUCCCAAAUCUGUGACUCCUGAGCCUCCUUAUAAUGAAAGGCAGUAUUCAGAUGUAGAUCUAGGACAAGAAACACCUGCCAUUCCUCAGCCUCCUCAGAUGGAUUGUCUGGAUGAAAUACAAGCUGAUUGUGAAGAGCAUGCAAUAGAUGAUUUAUCCAUGAUAGAAACUGAAAAUAAUGAAGAGACAUAUGAUAAAGAAAUUAAUGCUGAUGAAGGCCAAAAAUGGUGGGAUAGUGAAUCACAAAAUCUGUUGGAUUCACAACAACUGGUUGAAGCAUUGUCCUUGUGCGAUGAUUUACUUCAUAGCCAGUCUCCCGAAAGAGAUGACGAACAUGGAGAACAUAAGAACCAACCCAGUCUUUCGGUUUAUGCCCAGCUUGGACCAGAGCAUCUGAAAAAGGAUAUUGAAGACUGUCAAAAUCUUGUCCUUGACCCUGCAAAUACAGCAGAGCACGACGCACCUCCUUCGGAGUUACGACUAAGUCAACUGGAAUUUAGUUCGCAAGAUAGCUUUAUUGCUUGGGGUUACAGCAAGGCAUUAAAGUAAUAUUAUUUUUCUUCACAUCAGCUGACAUGCAGAUAUGUUGUAACCAUUUUGUGAAUUAGUUGUAUGUUAUUGUUAACAUAUGGGGUGAACGACUGCUACUUUGUUUGACAAAUUGGACUGUAGCAGUGAACUUUUCACAUCAGCUGAGAUGCAUAUUUGUUAUAACUAUUUUGUGGAUUUUGUUGUAACUAUUUUGUGGAUUAGUUGCCUCGUUAUUGUUGACAUAUGGGGUGAACUACUGAACUGUUGCUACUUUGUUUGACAAAUUGGACUGUAGCAGUGAACUUAAGAGUUUGAUACUAUUGAACUUUUGCUGCUGCAAGUAUAUUUUGGUUUUGGCACAAACUGUGA